AUGGCAGAUGCCACGUGUUCCCUCCAUCCGCACGUUGCCCAAGCUGAUAUCCAGACCAGGCAGGACGCUAUCUUUACUGCCUUCUGGCAAACAAUGGAAUGUCAGGCAUCUCAGCCAGUCCUUCAGCAAUCAAGUAACCACUUAACCAAGCAGCAGGCUCCACGCGCCAAGAAGCCCAGAAUGGCGGUUGGCGGGAAAAGGCGCAAGAAGCCGAAGCGGAGGUUAGCUGCACUCCAUCUAAUACACCCACGCAGAAGCCACUGUUCGCCCCGAAUGCAGAGUACCUGGCCCCCUCAACCUCACCACUACCACCCUGAUCUUGAGUCCUUUCACGUGUACCGCCGGAUGGGCAGGACCGCAAAUGCUCCAGGCCUACACAUACCCAGGGCCGGACUGGCCCACCGGGAUAUUUCGGCACAUGGGGCCAGGCAG